AUGGCCUCAGGACACCGUUCUCUCCAUCAGCCCUUUUUCGGCAUUGAGGAGCUCUCCUCACAUUUAAGUUCUCCGGGCUGGGGUACUGGAUAUUUUCUUUUAAAUGUCCGAAUAUUGUGUCAAUCAACAACUAUUUCAGCAGUACCGUGA